GGACCGUCUCGGCUUUGGGCUCCCCGUCCUGACAGCUUCCUCGUGCCCUGUAGACUACAGUUCCCAGAAUGCUGGGGUCUCUACGCCCAGAGCCGACGUCCUACCGCCUUCCCACCUUGGAUCCCAGGCCCCCCAAAAUGGCGAGUGAAGCUGCGGGGACGUACUGAGCAGCGGAGGCGAGCGUGGAGAGCCGCUGAGGCCCUCACAGUCUGGACCCCGGAGGGGCCCUGCAAUAGGGAACAUGCACUUUUCCAUUCCUGAAACCGAGUCCCGCAGCGGGGACAGCGGCGGCUCCGCCUAUGUGGCCUAUAACAUUCACGUGAACGGAGUCCUGCACUGUCGGGUGCGCUACAGCCAGCUCCUGGGGCUGCACGAGCAGCUUCGGAAGGAGUAUGGGGCCAAUGUGCUUCCUGCAUUCCCCCCAAAGAAGCUUUUCUCUCUGACACCUGCAGAGGUAGAACAGAGGAGAGAGCAGUUAGAGAAGUACAUGCAAGCUGUUCGGCAAGACCCACUGCUUGGGAGCAGUGAGACCUUUAAUAGUUUUCUGCGUCGUGCACAACAGGAGACACAGCAGGUCCCCACAGAGGAGGUCUCCUUGGAAGUGCUGCUCAGCAACGGGCAGAAAGUUCUGGUCAACGUGCUAACUUCAGAUCAGACCGAGGAUGUUUUGGAGGCUGUAGCUGCAAAGCUGGAUCUUCCAGAUGACCUGAUUGGAUACUUUAGUCUCUUUCUUGUUCGAGAAAAAGAGGAUGGAGCUUUUUCUUUUGUACGGAAGUUGCAAGAAUUUGAGCUGCCUUAUGUGUCUGUUACCAGUCUUCGGAGUCAAGAGUAUAAGAUUGUGCUAAGGAAGAGUUAUUGGGACUCUGCCUAUGAUGACGAUGUCAUGGAGAACCGAGUUGGCCUGAACCUGCUUUAUGCUCAGACAGUGUCAGAUAUCGAGCAUGGGUGGAUCCUGGUCACCAAAGAGCAGCAUCGGCAGCUCAAAUCUCUGCAAGAGAAGGUCUCCAAGAAGGAGUUCCUGCGUCUGGCCCAAACCCUGCGGCACUACGGCUACCUGCGCUUUGACGCCUGUGUGGCCGACUUCCCAGAGAAGGAUUGUCCAGUGGUGGUGAGUGCAGGCAACAGUGAGCUCAGUCUCCAGCUCCGCCUGCCUGGCCAGCAACUUCGAGAAGGCUCCUUCCGAGUCACCCGCAUGCGAUGCUGGCGGGUCACUUCCUCUGUGCCACUGCCCAGUGGAGGUACAAGCAGCCCAGGCCGGGGCCGUGGUGAAGUGCGCCUGGAACUGGCUUUUGAAUACCUCAUGAGCAAGGACCGGCUACAGUGGGUUACCAUUACCAGCCCCCAGGCUAUCAUGAUGAGCAUCUGCCUCCAGUCAAUGGUAGAUGAAUUGAUGGUGAAGAAAUCUGGGGGCAGUAUCAGGAAGAUGUUGCGCCGGCGGGUAGGGGGCACCCUGAGACGCUCAGAUAGCCAGCAAGCAGUGAAGUCCCCACCGCUGCUAGAGUCACCUGAUGCCAGCCGGGAGUCCAUGGUCAAACUCUCAAGUAAGCUGAGUGCUGUGAGCUUGCGGGGGAUUGGCAGUCCCAGCACAGAUGCCAGUGCCAGUGAUGUCCACGGCAAUUUCGCCUUCGAGGGCAUUGGAGAUGAGGAUCUGUAAUCUCCACUGCUUGGAUGUCUACCCCAGAGGAAUUUACAGAAAUGUGCCCUGUGCCCCCCAAUCUAGGGGGAGUUUUUUCUCUUUCCUUCCUACCUCCCCUUUUCCUUCUUGGCCAGGGGCCUCCUAACCCACCUUCCCUCCCUGCCAGGCUGGCUGCACAAAGGACUGCCCUCUCUCUUUCAGAGCAGGCCCUCGAUGCCAAAUUAACAUUUAGUAUUUUGCACAAAGUCCAAGGGACCAUGGCUACCUGCCUUUGGGAGGAGCCAGAGCUCCCCCUGGUCUGCUUCUGGCUUCUUGGGGCCAUGGGCAAGGGGACGGGCAGAGGUCUGUGUGUGGUCUGGCCCAGCUCCCCAUCAUUAAACUCAAGCCUGACUGCUGCCUACCUCUGGUUCCCUCUCACUGCUCCUGCUGCCACCUGUGCAGCAUGGACUGCUGUGCUAAGGACAAGGCCAAACUGCUUGCCAUUGCCAAUUCAGCAUAGACAUGGCUUUGUUAGUGUUUCCUUUAUUAUAAAGCACUGAAAUAAGUUAAAUAAACAGGUGGGACGCUG